AUGCAUCUUUCCUAUGCUUUGUCAGCUCUUGCUGCUCUCGCCUCGACGGCAUCUGCUUCUCUUACAAUCAACAAUUGGUGCUCCCAAGAUGUUUACAUCUACAAGUCAAACGGCGGAGGCUGCAACGUCGGUACCAAUGGCGCUUGUUCCACGGCUUCCAAUGCCAGCCCUUGGCACAUCAAAGCUGGCAACGGAGCUAGCAGCACAGUCACACUCCCUUGGGACACUGACGGGCAUGGAACAGCGAUAAAGAUUGCCAAGACCUCCAACUGGAAAACCACCCCUUCGAUUCUUCAAUUCGAGUAUACCUGGACAACGGGCCAAUACUCCGCUCUUUAUUGGGAUCUCAGUGAUUUGGAUGGCGCCGGGGCUGGAUUGGUGGGAACUCCUUUCAUGAAGGAUAAUGUGAAAGUUAGUCCUACUGGCACUGGCAGUGGAUCAGGCACUUGCGUGAAGUUGAAGUGUCCUUCAGGUGCACUUUGCAAAGAUGCAUACAAUACUCCUGACCAAAAAGCUACCCGUUCCUGUCCAUUGAACACCGGUACCAUGUGGUUGGAUUUGUGUGAGCCAACGAGUCGCUUUAAUAGCAGGAGAGAAAUCGGCUUUGAGGCAUAG